AGCCAAGAGUCACUCCUCUCCGGGACACGGGCCCGCUGACACGUGCGUUCGCUAGUCAAAAAAAAACAAUACGUAUACACGUAUACAUAUAUAUAAAUAUAAAUAUAUAUACGUACACAAAAUUUGAGAACGGAAUAUAAUCACACGAGGAUACGAUCGUUGCUUUCUCGUUUAUUUUUUUCUUUCGUUCUCUUUCGUUCCUUCGGUUUUAACGUUGUUAUUGAUUUUCGCUCAGUUUCCGAAACGAUCGCGCGCGAUAUAACGACGACGAUGUUGAUAUUCAACGUAACGCAGAAGAAUAUUAACAAACGUCGGUGGGUGUUUUAUGUGCUCUGAGAACGAGAUACAAUUACGAGGUAUAUCGAAAAUUAAUAAGUUUCGCUUUUUCGAACUGUACGAGUUGCAGGAGUUUGAAAAUUUUCAUCGACUGGUCGAUCGUGUACCGAGUGUAAUUUUUUGUUCGCGAUUUAAUAUUCGACAUCGCGUCUCUGCGUGUACGCAAGAAAGUGACUAAUGAAUCAUUGGUGCGCAAAACUAUCGUCUCGUUAUGCAUAGUUUGAUUUAUUUUUAAAAAAAAAAAAGCGAGACGGCGAUCAGUGCGACUCCGGUAACACAAGUGUGAACGAUAUAUAAGAAAGUGCCAAGUUAUAUUCCGGUGCAGGAUUUUAAUGGUCUUGGGAUUUCCCUCGAUCAACGGAUCGUCCGGCAUUACUAUGGAUUAUUCAAAGAAAGAUUUGUGACAGGCGAAUUUCAAGGGACCGCGGAAGAGCUGCCCCCUCGCUAGACACAUGGCCUGUCUCGCAGGUGCCAUCGCCCCCGUGCUAGCCACCCCACGUUCAGUUACCACAGACUGCGGACUGGAGCAACGUCAGAAUAGCGAGACGCAAACGGACGCACAAUCAUCAUCAUCUUCGGUUGACCAAUCCUGCUCGGCCCUCGUUUGCCCGGCGUGUUCCCUGGUUCUACCUAAUACGAGAGAACUGACGAAUCACAUAAGAGAUCACAACUCUCCUCGCAGCAGCGACGGAAGUGCGGCGGAGGACGAAUGCUCUUGUCGCGUCUGCGGCAAGGUACUCAGCUCGGCUAGUUCCUUGGACCGUCACAUCUUGGUGCAUUCUGGCGAGCGACCCUUCAAGUGCAGACUCUGCGGACUGGCCUUCACUACCAACGGAAAUAUGCACCGGCACAUCAGAACUGCCCACGGCGGCAGCUCGCCGAACAGCUGUACGGAUUCCGAGGGCAGCAGCGACUCCGAGAGACCCGUACCCAAGAGACGGAGACUGGAGGAGUUCAACAACAACAACAACAACAACAACAACGUGGCGAAGAGAAAAUCGCCCGAGUGCGUCGAGGAACAACUGCAGGAGGGCCAACGGAAGCACAAGAGUUUGUUGAACAACAACUCGAGGGGUGUCCAGGAGAUGAAGAAUUCUCAGGUUGACAGACAGAAGACCCACAGCUGCCCCGUCUGCGGGAGACAGGACUUUGCGACGAACAGCCUCCUCGAGGCGCACCUCGAAUGCACUCACCCAAAUUAUCCGGCAAAAUGCGACACCUGCAACCUAAACUUCAGCGAUCAUCGGGUGCUCAACCACCACCGUUCCAUGGGUCAUCAUUCCGAUCGUUCGAUCGAUAGCCCAACGAGAAACCUUCGAAAUUCCGUCGUCGGAUUCGAGGAUCUGACCUUCGUGGAUUUUUCGUCCGGGAAGUUUCCCGCCAUCGCUCGAGCGGUUUGCGAAAAAUCGCUUCACCGACCUGCCUCCGGAGAAGUAGCCAGAUUUCAAUGCUGCAAAUGUCUCAGAGCGUUCCCCUGCCGAACGGCACUGGACUCGCACGAAACCGAUUGUGGUAAUCAAAAUCCCCUGCCGCGAAACUCCGUCGACGAUCAAUCGACGAGAAACGACUUUUUCGCGGGUCUCGAUCUCCAGAACAAAGCGGCACUCGCCGAGGCCAAGGAGGGCAAGGAUCUGGCGGACAUCCAGAGCAUCUUGUCGCGCACGUCCGAACCGAUUCUGCAGAACUUCUCGCGGUCCGACGCCAGCACUCCGGACAACGUGAUCAAGAUCGGAUCGAGCAUCGGAUCGUCCGGAUCCUCCGGGACUACCUCCGCAGAAACUCACGACGAAGAAGUUCAGGACGCGUUCUCGGCCGAGUUUCGUCGCAUGAAACUUCGCGGCGAAUUUCCUUGCAGACUGUGCACCGCCGUUUUUCCAAAUCUCCGAGCUCUCAAAGGACACAAUCGCGCGCACAUGGGAGUCGGUCCGGGUACGCCGUACCCCUGUAACAUGUGCCCUUACACGAGUACGGACAAAACCGCUCUGGUCAGGCAUUUGAGAUCGCACAACGGUGACCGCCCGUACGAAUGUUCACUAUGCAAUUACGCGUUCACGACUAAAGCGAACUGCGAGCGACACCUCAGAAAUCGGCAUGCCAAGCUCACACGGGAGGACGUAAAACGUUCGAUCAUAUACCACCCGAGCGAAGAUCCGCUGAAUGACAGCGGGGAAGCCCCGCCGCGUGGCGUGCGAGAAGACACACGUAGGAUUCUCGUGUAUCCGACCGAACGCGACGAAAUCGUUCAGCAAAGACCGAGUGCCGCGUCGGAAGGAAAAUCAGAAAUCAGGGUAAUCGACGAGGCGAAACUUCGACAACCAAACGAUAUAAUCGCACGGCACACUCCUCAGCUGAAUCCGUUUGACACGCCGGAGAUAUUUCACAGAACGCCGCUCAUCCCGCAACUCGACAUGAUCCAGAGGCAUUCGGAGGGAGCGGCGAUGAUGGACAUCGAGAAGCCACAAGAUUUGGUAGCGAAACCGAAUUUCCCCAAAAGCAGCGACGACCAGGACGACAACUCCUCGGACGAAAGCGUAUCACCUCUAGUCAGCGAAGCCAAACCAGUAAUGCACCAAAGGCUUUCGGACGCUCCCAUGGAUCUGGGAACAUCCGGCGGUCCGGAAAGCCCCGGCGAAGAAGCGCCCUUGGAUUUAUCCAUGGACGCGUUGGACCUCAGUAAAAAGUCAAAGGUGAACGAUAUCGAACCAGCGAACAACAUCGCAAACGACGAUUCCCACGUUACCGAGAAAGAGAUCUACAACACCACGAAUCACCUACUGCUGACGCAGGCACUGCUCAAGGGUGGACACAACCCUCAGUCCACGUCGCUCGAGGCGAUGUACCGGAACGCUUCCCUACUCUAUCAAAACUUUGGGAACUUUCCCGGUAGCAUCGGUGCCGGUCUGAUACAGCCGUACCUUUUCAAUCCGCAUUUGUUCAAUCAAGAAUUCGUAAUGAAAAACAGACUACAAAAAGAACUCUUCAGAAGUCUGCAGCACAGCAGUGGCGGCAGCCUGGUGGAGCCCCAAAUACCUAGAACUGAGUUCAGUUCGCCUUUCGCACAAAGCAAAGAUGCUUCGUGCCACUCGGCCAGCGAAGACGCCGAUUAUUCACCGAAGCUCAUGUCCCCCAAGUUGUCGACCAAAGUAUCGAGCUCUCGAGAAAAACUCGAGAACUCACCGUCCUCGAAUUCCGUCAAGAUGGUCAUCAAAAACGGGGUGCUCAUGCCGAAACAAAAACAAAGAAGGUACAGAACGGAACGACCGUUCGCCUGCGAACAUUGCUCGGCAAGGUUCACCCUCAGAAGCAACAUGGAAAGGCACGUAAAACAACAACAUCCUCAACAUUGGAGUCAGAGACAACGUGGCGGACACUCGACCAGAGGAAGACCACCGGCCAAUCCGCCAACGUUGCUGCAAAGUCUGAACCAACCGGUCUCCCAGUCGAUUUCGCAACACUAUUCGAAUAUUUUGCCAAAAAUUGACCACACCAGCUCUACGCAAGGUUACGGUAAACAUUCGAUCUCUGAUCAGGUCAAGUACGCGAUUCUAGCUCAGCAAUUGAAGGGCAACAAACCCGAGGACAACGACUCCGAAGAAGAAUUGGUCAUCGAUGAGGAGCCCCUGGAAGAAGAAACUUCGGAAUCUCGAGCACAAAACGACGAACAGCGGCCGUUGAGUUUACUCAGAGGAAAACUCGAGAAUCGUUGCGAUUUCACGAAGGAAAAUAUCAUGAAACAACACGUGAACGAUUUCUCAAAGGAUUACCUGAUACAGCUGCAAGAGCAGCAUCUCGAGAGGCUGAAGCGAUUCGAGGAUUCGAAGAAUUACGCAGGGGAAAACGCGGACGACAGGUCGGAAAAAGACGCCAAAGAGGAACCGGACGAGGAUCUCUCCGAGGAACAAAAGAAGUUAGAUGCCGAGGGGCAGGAGGACGACGACGAAGAAAUCGAGAAAGGAGAGGACGGCGUUGUCGAUCUCGCCAGCGUUUCCAGGUUAUUGGACAACGCCUCGCAACAGUACCAACAAUUUCAGCCGCAGUACACGAGCGACGAAGAGGAGGGUCUGAUCGCGUCGACGAGCGAUGGAAACAAUUCGGGUAGUGACGAGAAGUCGGAUUCCGGGAACUCCGAGUCGAUUACGGGGAAGAAGAAGUCCGCUUACUCCCUGGCGCCGAACAGAGUAUCGUGUCCGUACUGCCACAGGAAAUUCCCGUGGACGUCUUCCCUGAGGAGACAUAUUUUGACGCACACGGGUCAAAAACCAUAUAAAUGCACCUACUGCCCACUGCUGUUCACAACCAAGUCUAACUGCGAUCGUCAUUUAUUGAGAAAACAUAUAAACGCCGGUACCAGCAGCCAGUCGCAAUCCGCCGGAGCAUCGUCUUCGCCCGAAAGCUCAAGCACUCUGACGAACAGCAACGCUUUUGCCAUGAGAAACGUCCCAGAGAGACCCUACAAGUGCAACCAAUGCCCGAGUUCGACUUUCUCGACUUUGGGAAACCUGAAGAAGCAUCUUUCGUCGAAACACACGACCUGCGGACCGAGUUCCAGGUCGCACAGCCCGCUAAGCGAAUCCCAGAACAGUCCGAACGAAUCUUUGAAACAGAACGAUCAGAGUGGAUACGAAAGUCCUUCGUCGAGCGUGGAAGAACCCGCUCGCACGUCGCCGACGAUCCCUGAAGACAGUAUCAAGGCUACUCCCAACUCUUCGACCAGCACUGAAACACCCCAAUCCUCGAAGACCUCUCCGGAGUGCGGAUCGACCGUGUCCUCCUGUUCGUCCGAACUGCCCUUCAAGUGUCAUCUGUGUGACGGCAGCUUCGCCGAAAGACAGGACUGCCUCGAGCACAUAAAACUCGACCACAGGUCGGAGUACGAACUUCUUUUGGUAAAGGGUGCUUUGGACAUGGCGGCCGAAACCGAAACCCACCCCGAGGAACAACAACAGCAUUCCCAACAGCACUGUGACGACGGAGAAGGCCAGCGCGGCAAGUUCCCCGACUACGCCAAUAGAAAGGUGGUUUGCGCUUUUUGUAUGCGCCGUUUUUGGUCAGCCGAGGAUCUCCGGCGGCACAUGCGUACCCAUACGGGCGAAAGACCGUUCACCUGCGAUAUUUGUCGACGAAAAUUCACACUAAAGCACAGCAUGCUGCGACAUCGCAAAAAGCACGGCUCUGUCGGUUCUUCGAUAUACACGGGAACCAGUGGGGAUGAGGAGGCCUCCCCAACCCCACCGAUGAAUAACAAUAACAAUAACAACAACAAUAACAACACGGUUAAAACUCAAGAGAUGACGUCGACCCCUACAUCGGUGCCGGGAGACGCUACUCCCGUCCGAUUUGGAACGCACGAAAAAUUGUCAAGUCUUUCCGGUAAGCUGGCGAACCUUCAAAAUAAUAACAAUAACGUAGAAGGCGCAGAUCAGGGGAACGAUUUGAUUUCAAAUCUAUUGGGGAUCAGAGACAGAACCAUCAUUGACAAAGUUCUGCAAUCUACACCCGACGACGCGGCCAAACUACUCGGUAUACCCUAGGGGACACGAAUAGAGUAUUUUCCACCGUAGUUAUGCGAAUCUCUAUUUUUCCCCCCUUUCUCUCUCUUUUUCUCUCUCGUUUUUCUUGUUCGUAUUCUCGUUCUUAUCUCUUAUCUUUUAACCGGAGUAUGUAACUUAUAUUAAAUAUUAUUUAGACUGUGAAAUAUACCUAAGAGCAGCAUUGAAUUUUAGUUCGUAUUCACAAUCGUGCCUUAUACGUAUACCUAGAUUGUACUCGCUUACGCUGUACUAGGCCACAUUACAUUUACGAUCCUCCUAUUCUUAUUUUAUUUAAUCACUUCGUUUCCACGAGAAAAAUUCUAAUUACGAAUCGAACGGUGGACGCGAUCUGUUCAAAUUCGGUAAAUUAAUUCGAACGUCCAGCAAAGGUACGAAUUCAAUUAAUCGUUGGCACGAGACGAAAAAUGAAAUUGACAACUAUAAUUAACGAAAAAAGACCUAUAUAAGAUGAUUAAAAAAGAUCCUCAUUCAAAUUAACAAAACGCUUUUACGGCGCGGCUUGAUGAAUAGACCUUUUCUAUGUACAGUUGUUGUUAUUAUUAUUUGUUUUUUUUUUUUCUUAUUCUCCGUUUUCGCAAUACGAUAUGAAUGUAUAUAUAAGUAUACACGUACACACAUAGGUAUAUUGUAUAUGCAUUAUACAUAUGUACGUAACAAUAGAGCGUGCGUAUUCUAUACAAAUAUAUUAUACUAUAUAUACUACAUUAUACCAAUACUAACUAUUGCACUGCUAUUGAAUUACGAUUAACUAUUAGUGUGCCACUAUUUGGGGACUCGUUUAAAGAUACCCAAGGUCUGCCUCGUUCAUGGUAUGGCCUAAGAGAUCGUUGAGAAAUAAUGACCAUAUAUAUACAAAAGCGGAACUAUUGUUUCUUGCGAUCGGUUGUGCUUACGUCAAUCAAUCAAUUAAUACAUGGAUUUAUAAAUAUUCUUGGAUGAAAAAAAAAGAAAAAAAAAAAUAUCUCUAUACAUAUCUGAAUAUCAUUAUACUUAUAUUGUAAGAAAGGUUAAUUUAGCGUAUAGGUCUGUUAGGAAUCAGUGGUCUUGUCGCCGUGGAACGUCAACCAAAAUUAUUCAAAUGAAAUUUUCUAGUUUCACUUUGAGUUAUACAUACAUAUUAUUAUAUGAAUUGGCGGUCGACGUUGCACAGCGAAUCGCUAAGCCACGUUUUGAUCCAAAGAAACAAUUUUAAGCAACGAAUUAGGAAAGCCAUAUUUAAGUUUGUUUGUUUUUUUUUUUUUGGUUUUUUGUUUUUUUUUUUCUCCUUUUUAUAAAUAUUUUUUCUUUUCUUAAGUGUCAGCGAACAUAUCGACGUCUACAUACGUCGAGGUAUGUAGGUGCAUUUUAGAGUGCCUUUCCAGCCAAGAUAACUUCGAAAAUCGAAUCGGAUUGACUUGGCUUAUUUUCGUUAGUGAAAAUUAUUAAAUAAUAAUUCUAAUAAUAAUAGUAACGAUAAAAUUAUUAAUAAUAUUAUUAAUAUAAAUAUUGAUGAGAAAUGAAAUUAAAUAUAAUGACAAAGCAAGUCCCUCUUAUUGUAAUGUACGUUAGAUAUUUGAUUUGUUUAUCACAGUAAUAGGAUAUGAUAAUACUUUUUAGUUGAACGUUGUAUACUCUCGAUAUUAUCUCAUACAGAUUAUUAUUUUUUAUUAUUAUUUCGACUCGACCGUCGCACUAUUCUAAUUAUAGUUGUAUAGACAAAGCAAUUUUAAAUAUGAUUUCUGAUUCUAAAUUAAUUUAACAGAAAAAAGUCAAAUAUAGUUAGUGUAUGUGACGUAAUAUUUUUAAAAAAAAUUCCCGAAGCAAUCAACGAAGUAUGAUCUUCAUUAAAAAAAAAAAAGAAAGUAAAAUAUUAUCAUUAUUAUUAUUAUUAUUAUUAUCAUUACUAUACCGAAAUUUAAAGAGAAAAGAGAGAAAAAAUCACAUGCAUUGAGAUAAAAAAUGAAAAAUUUCAAGAAAAAAAUAUGAUUAAAACUAAAGAGCAAUAUAAGUAAAUCAUUUUAACACAUUUAAUCGAUAUACAUAUUACAUAUAUAUAUAUUUUAUUGUCUAAGCGUCAAUAAUAACGUGAAUAUUAAUGAUAGUCUAUUUUAAAUGCCGAAGAUAUAUGUGUGGCAUUUAAAAUGCAAUGGAACCAAAUAGAGGCUAACUACGAGGACCCGUAUUCCGUAUAUUGAGACGUACGAACUAUUGUACUCGCAAAUUCAGAACGGUCGAACCUCCAGCCUGAAUAACUUAAAGUUAUUAAAAUUUAACGUUAAUAGGUUAUUUAUUAUUAAGCCAAUAUCAACAUGUCCAUCUCUUUCUUCUUGACCUAAGAUAUUUAUUCCGUUUGCAUUAGACAUGGCUGUAAAGUGUUGUGGGGUGUUGUACGCAACACUUUAUCCCGAGGGCUGCUCUUUAAUGGCGUUCGGGUUAAAGACCCUAUACCUAUAUAAUAUAUACAUACCAAUAUAACGAUAGUUUGACGAAUGUAGUAGUGAUUUGAAAUUUAUCUCUCAACUCGAGUUUAAAUGCGGCUACCACACAUACAACAUAUCACUCGCGCUACGUAUGUAUUUAAGAACGUUAUAUCUUGAGUAUAGUAUGUACUUACAUUAAAUUAAAACUUGAAAGUAAUAAUAAAAAAUAAAAACGAAAAAAAAAACACAAUUAACAAAAAUUAUAUUUAUUGAAAUGUCUGUAUGUGGCUUGUGCGAUUUUUCUCUGAUAAAAAUUCGAAAUUAUCAUUGUACUAUUGUUGUAGAUGAUUGCCUUGUACUUUUUCUCUUGUUUGACUAUUAGCCAAAUAUACGGAUAUGUACUGUCAAC